AUGUUGAUUUUCUCUGUCUUCAAGACUUUGACUGACCAAGAAGUCACCGUCGAACUCAAAAACGACCUUUCCAUUACGGGUGUUCUCAAGUCGGUCGACCAAUUCUUGAACGUACGCCUUGACACUAUCAAAGUUCACGACGAGGCGCGUCAUCCGCACAUGAUGGCGGUCAAAAACUGCUUCAUUCGAGGGUCCGUCAUACGUUACGUGCAACUGCCAGCCAGUGGUGUCGAUACACAGCUUUUGGAAGACGCUACUCGCAAGGAAGCGGCGAACCAGGCCAAGCGAUAG